UUUCCUCUGCCCCCCCCCCCUUUUAAAAAAAAAUUUCUCUCCUUUUUGGUUUUUUGGGGGUUUGUGUUGUUUGGUUUUUUGGUUUUGGGUUUUGUUUUUUCCCUCUUUCUUUCUUUUUCCUAGGGAACGUGGCUGAUUCAGGUUAAGGUGGUUUCGUUUGUUGGAGUUAGAUGAGAGAGUUUAGAGAACCCUUCCCAUCAUUUCAGGAAAUGCCUUCCCGUUUUUCUGUUGUGUCCUGCCUCUUUCUAGGUGAAGGUGACGUGCUGAUCGGAAUUUGUCAGUAUUUCUUAGCUGCAACAGUUACUUCAAGUGAGGCACACAGGGCGCACCUCUGCCCAAUCGCCCUCGGACUGUUUCAAGUUGAGAACGCUAUUGUACCAGUGUGGACAGAGUCUCAAGUGAAUAGCAUUCAGUCACUGCGGGUGUCUCUUUGUCACGCCAGUUUUGCCAUCAUAAAAAUUCUUAACAAAAGCUGCAACUAAGCAGACCUCAUUUCUUGAACACCAGUAAUUCUAGUAGCUGAAAACACUUGAGAUCUUCGGCUGCAGUGCAUAGAGAAAUAGGCAUUAUAGGGCUAUGCUUUGACACUGCCAUUUGCUUAGGCUUGGCAACUUUAUCUAACUCUAAAAAAUAUUUAAAAAUCUCCCAAAGGAAACAGUAUCUUUUAGAAAAAGAACUUUAAUGAUCAUAUAGUUAAAUGGAUGGUAUGUUUCACUGUAUUAUGAAGUCUUUAAGUGAUGAUUUCUGGGAAGCAAUUCUUCAAAUCUCAUUUACCACUAGAUUCUCAAAAGAGGUAUAUUUCCAAAAGCUGAAUUAGCAGUAUCACCUGGAAUGCUAAUAUAAUGUUAUAAUUCAGAAUUACAGUACAUUUGCUGUAUUUUGUUAUUUUAGUUGCAGUUUUACUAAUCUAUUAAAAAAAUAGGCAGGUUUAUUAAAAAAAAAAUAGGCAGGUUUAUGAGUUUCACCUAUUUAGUAUUGGAAAGUCUUUUAACUUUUAGGACUACCAGUGAUCCUAGAACACAUCCUCCAAAUGAACUUUUUCUUUACCCAUUGAAAUACCAAUCUGCAUAUUGUUGGUACAGUAAGCUUUUGCCUUAUGAAGAUGUGUAAUUUCUAGCUACAGAAGAAGACUGGAAAGUGAUGUUUUGUCAGUAAUAUUGUUGUGUGUUAUUCUUUGACCAGCUUUGUCAUGUUCCAGCAUUUUACUUUUUUGAGUAGCAAACUAUGUUUCUAACGUUAGCUCACAGAAGCCAUUUUGGUGGUGAUUGCAUUGGUGCAAUGUUAUAUAGGUGAAGGGUGUAGUGAGUAAAUUUGAUGAGGAAAAGUAGACCUUCGUGAUCUUUGCUCUAUUUAUCAUGCCAUGAACAAACGUUUUCCUCAUAAUUCUAUAAAAUGCAUGAUGACAUUUACUGUUAUUAUUCUUUUUACAGUCAGCACUGCUGCAUUUGGUGAAUUUUAAGUACAUAAGAGGUAAUUACAUUCAUCUCGUAUGAUUGCUCUGAAAGGUCAGCAUACAGGACAAUCAUUUUUGGGUAACAAAACGUUGUGCACAUAAUCCAGCAUCAGGUAUUCAUUUUUCAGUGGAAGAAAUCAGUCUGGGAAAUCAACAGAAUCACGGAAUAUUCUGAGCUGGAAGUGGCCCACAACUGAGUAUUUGAAGUAUUUGAAGUAAUUUCUGUUUAAUCUGUAAGCUCUUUGACUUUUAAAAUGCUGCACAGACUGUUUAAAAUGAAAGUAUGCUGGAAAUUUUCUCAGACAGAAAAUGGCUAGGGAAGACUUUGACAAAGACAGCUAAGAUUCAGUUGCUCAGAAGUCAUUGUAGGGGAGCAGGUAUUUGUAAUUCUUCACUCAAAUGUCUUUAAUGCAGCCUGGUUUUUCAGUCUUCCCACAACAGACCCACACUUGUUUGUUCUAAUGGAGUGUUUCAUCUCAGCCUUUUGUCCAAAGCUGAAAGACAGAGCAUGUUUCUUGACAGCUCUAAUAUGAGGCACUCUUUCUGUCUUUCUGCAGUCUUUUUAAUAUCCCAGAAAAAAAAAUAGCAGUUUAAUAGGAUGGUCUUUUUUAGCUAUAAAGUUAGUUUUUGCUACUUGAUUAAGUCUCUUCAGGUUGAAUUCUGUGCUGAAAGGAAGUUACUAAGAAACUGUACUCCUUUCAGAGCUGACCUGAAAAGAUCUGAUUACUCGAUUCCAACAUUCUAUGUCUUAUGUGACAAAUGAAUAAAAGUCCCUGGAAGCAAGAGCUAAAUGAUCAUCCAGUGGACGAUUUCUUUCUUUCUUUUCUGCCUUUCUGGGUCUGAAAAGUGCUCAUCUUAGAAAUGAGAUCUUUUUGGGAUCAAUACUACCACUGACUGUAUUUUUACCCUUCUUGGUAAAACUGGAUAGCUUUCUGUAAUGUAUCUAGGUUUUUGGCAAGCAGAUACUAGUAGCCCUGCAGCUCAGCAGUUUAUCAGAGGCAGUUUAAGUCAUGAAGAAAAUUAUUGCUCUGUUGGCCAGUUUCUAUAAUUAAUUUCCUUUGGACAAUAUGCAAGAAUAGUUAUUGUGGAACUGUCCCAGGGUUCAUCUAGUCUAGGAUCUUGUUUCCAUCAGUAGCUGUUAGCAGGGAAGCCCAGGAACAGAGCUUGAUUCAGGACUGGCAACUAAACCAUAUAAGCUAAUGCUUUUCAGAUCACAUUUUGAAAAUUUGCAUUGCACUGUAAAGAGAUGAUUGUGCCUCAAGAAUUUGAGACUUCUGAUUAUUCUCUUUACCAGAGCUCUCCUUGAAGAAAUGGUAUCACCAAAGAAGUACCACUACUAUUACAGAAAAGGAAUAACAGUGUAACUGUUAGUAAAAUAUAUUAAGGAGUAUUCAUUAUUUACAGAAACACAUAUGCCACUGAGUGUUGCCAUACUUCAUGAGUCUCAGCUGAGAGAUGUGAGAGGUGUGGGAGUGCUGUCUACUGCAACUUGAGGCUCAUUACAGCCUGUUUUUCUGCUUGUUGUAGCUCUCUUGCCACUUGGGGUCAGUCUGCUUUUGUUACUGAGAUGGCAGCUGAAGUGGCAGUAAUGCUAGAACAUCAGGCCCCUUUGCUGGUUCUCCUUUCCCCCCGCCGUGUUUGCAGUUGGUAGGUAUGGUAUAGAUAGGCAGGUGCAUUAUGAGGAAGCACUUAUGUGGAACAAAGCAAGACAAAAGGAGGUGUAACAAAUCCCAGCUUUGCUUUCCGGAGAGGAGCUUGGGGUGAGCAGGUGGUGCCACUGAGCUGUUGGUGGAGGAGGAGGGCACUAGAAGAAAGAGGGCAAUGCAAAGCAAGUCACAGACUAGUGCUUCAGCCUGCAGCUUCGGUGUGCAGUUUCGGUAUAUUGCCUUUCUGUGCUGAAAGAGCAAGCUUGCUUAACAGCACCACCUGGUGAGUCCUGCAGUGGAAUAGCUAGAGGAUCAGAAGUAGCCUGUAUUGCAAGGUCCUGUCCCCCACAUUUAGAAUUGUAGAAACAUUUAGGAUGGAGAAGACCUUUAAGAUCAUGAAGUCCAACUGUUAAUCCAACAAUGCCAAGUCCACAACUAAGGCAACGGUAUAAUGUAAUCUAUUCAGUAGAUUUAUAAAUAUGUGUAUACAUAGACAGAUCUUCAGCAACUCUAUGAGAAUGUUAUUCUAUGGGCUUUUCAACAGCUGCUUUCUGCCUCAGCUAAAGUUUAUCAAAAUUCACAGAAGAGCUUGUUGGGUUAAAAAAAUUGUAUUUUAAAGGAAUGCAAGUUUAACCUGGGCUAAAAUCACCUUAACUACAGAAUGCAAUUGCAAAUGGUAAAUGAUUGUUUACAUGAAAAUAGAAUUACACAUGGCCAGUAAGAGAUGUGCAGAAAUAAAGGGCACUGUUUACAGAGAAAGUGGUGUAUUUGGCCUUAUGCACUGGAAACCACACAAGAGAAUACUUUUAGAGAUGCUGUAUUUUGUUGUGUAAUUAUGCUUUUUCUUUGAUGGUGUCUACAUGUGUGUAUAUUCCUUAGAAACACUCCAACUUUUCCAAAAGGGUAGAAAAUUAAUCUUAAAUGUAGAAAACUGGUAUCUACUUAGUGUUUUACUUUGGUAUCACACUUUUUUUUUUGAAGUUUAUAUCAUAUUGAAGUAUAGGGAAAUACUUCAGCUAUAUAGUCAUUUGAUGUUAUUUGUAGUGCUUGAGUCUGAUUAGUUCAGACACAUAUUGUGGACUAAUACUCACGCUAUCUGUUUUUUCAUUGGCACAGUGUUGUCUGCAACACUCCUUGGCGUGGGAACUGGAGCAAGGAGAGGUCUGAGAGAGUCAAGGCAAAAGUGAAUGUUAAAAGCAGCUUUUGGCUUUUAUUCCUCAGUCUCCCACACUCUGCUAAUAACAUGUAAAGAGCAGUUAGUGUUGCAGCUCUGCAGCAUGAUUAGAGUGGAACAACAGUUGCGUAGCUAGAGUAGAAACACAUUAAUUCUUCAAAAAGCGUAAUUGAGUCUCUGAAAGCUACAUAAUAAGGAGCUGCAGAAUGCAGUCCUAGUGUAGAUAAUGAUUCAUGUUUUGCACUCAAGAAAAAGAUCGGAGAUAGCUGUGUCUGGCUGACUUUCAGGCAAAGAGUCUGUUACAAGAAAAAUCUUUUAAUUAGCAAAUGCAACUGUACUUUGACUUCAGCUUAGGUUCUUUCAUCCCCUCUGUUUGGUGAAGUGUCAGUGCAGGCUGCUGGAUUGCUGGUGAUCCUCACAGCACAGAGAAACUUAUAGGUGCUUCUGGAGAUGUAAUAUGAAAAAUUCAGUCUUUGAACAAGGCAGAUUUUAUCUAUGAAGAGUGGCCAAGCUGAAUUAAACUAAGGAUUUAUCUAUCGGCUCUUGUGCCUGAGAGUAGCAGGUAGUGGACUGCUAAGGAAGAAUUAAUACAUUAAGCCUUGUUUCUCGUAGUGUGUCAUUGCAAUACAGGCAUAUACCAUGGGCUAUCCACAGUUUAGGGAAUUGCUAAGACAUGGGCUGUAGCCUCAGUUUUGCAUUUAACAGUUCUUGGAAGGCUUUUCUUCCAUUACUUACUUUAAAUAAAUGUAAUUAUUUGUUGAACUCCUGUAUACUUUUGCUGCUACAGAAUUUUGAAGCAGAGUUGCACAUUUUUAAUAUGCAGUGUACAUAAAGGUUUUGAAAUGGGUGAUCAUUUAAUUCAAUUCAAUUUAUUAUAUCAAUGAAUAUGUAUCUAUGUUUAGUAGUCUGCAUGAUUUUCUUUCAAGAGUUCAGAGUGUGUUGAAAAAUGUAUCUUUCACUGUACCAAGAAAAAAAUUGUUAUUGCAAAUUGUAAAUGUAGCUAGAUAACAAAUACAUAUGUAGAACUUCUGAGAUGAUCUGCAUACAUGAGGAGCCUUACUUUCCUAAAACCUUGCCUGCUAACGUUUACUGCCUGCUUGCAAGUGGAAUCUGCAUGAGUGAGAGCACAAAAGGCUUUUUUCAUUGCUCUUCCUCGGUGAGAAUGGCAAGGAUUCGGAUUCCUAGCACAGUUGUUAUAAUUUUUGUUACAGUUCAGACUGGAUUCUUACUCUUCAUGUAUGCCCGGUACAGUAGCUUCAUGCCUCAGUCUGAGGAGAAACCAUCCCAAGUCCACAUACUUAUUCUCUCAUCUUGGCGGUCAGGAUCUUCUUUUGUCGGUCAGCUUUUCAGCCAGCACCCCAGUGUCUUCUACUUGAUGGAACCUGCAUGGCAUGUGUGGGUUACAAUGUACCAGAACAGUGCCAAAGUCUUACACAUGGCAGUGCGGGACUUAGUCAGGUCUGUCUUUCUGUGUGACAUGUCUGUGUUUGAUGCUUACAUGCCUUGGAAAAGAAACUUAUCCGAUCUUUUCCAGUGGGCAGCAAGUCGGGCUCUGUGUUCAGCUCCUGCUUGUGACUCUUUUCAACGUACUGACAUAACCAGUGAAUUGGCAUGCAAGACUCUUUGUGGACGGUAUCCAUUCAGCAAGGUGGAGGAAGCCUGUAAAACUUACAGCCAUGUUGUCAUCAAGGAAGUUCGAUUCUUUGACUUGAAGGUCCUGUACCCCCUCCUCACUGAUCCAUCCCUGAAUCUCAAAAUUAUUCACCUGGUCCGUGACCCCAGGGCAGUCGUUAAGUCACGGGAACAAUCAGUGAAAGCAUUAGCCCGUGACAAUGGAAUUGUCUUGAGUACCAAUGGCACUAAAGUGGAAGAUAGCAAAUACAAAGUAAUGCAAGAGGUUUGUAGAAGUCAUGUUCAGAUUUAUGAAACAGCUACUCUAAAACCACCUAAUUUCCUGAAAGAUCGCUAUUUAAUGGUCCGUUUUGAAGAUCUGGUAAGAGAUCCAUUAUCAGAAAUCUCAGAAAUGUAUAAAUUUGCGGAUCUUAAUUUGACUCCCAGGCUCAAAAGCUGGAUCUAUAAUAUCACACAUGGACAGGGACCAGGGAAAAAAAAAGAAGCCUUCAAAAUAACAUCCCGAGAUGCAAUUAGUGUUUCACAGGCCUGGAGAAACAUUCUUUCCUUUCAGAAAGUUAAGAAAAUACAGGAAGUUUGCAAAGGUGCUAUAAAUAUUCUUGGUUAUCAGCUAGUGGAUUCAGAAAAAGAACAAAGAGAUCUGACAUUGGAUUUGGUAUUGCCAAGACGACAAAAUCAAUUCAGUUGGUCAUCAUUUAAUCCAAAGCACUAAGACGUUUUUGAGAGAUCUGGGGAGUUGGGGCAGGGUAGUUGUUUGAAUACUUCUAUACUAUGCAGCAUAUAGUAAUGGGAAAAUCCUUGGCUGAUGACUUUAUCAUUUUGUCUACUCCUUCUCUGUUCAUGUAAGAAGGUUUUUUUUUUUCCCCUGAGUUUUUUACAUAUUUAAAAAAAAAAAAAGCCAGCAAGAUACUUGGUCAGCCUGUUACUGUGCUGCUCACAGCAUUGUUUUAAGAAUAUAAUUUAAGCACUUUCUAUUAAAAGAUGGAUUUUCAAAGAUGUCUGUUUAUUCAUAAUAGUUCACUUAUUUUUUUUCAUACUUCAAGUAUUUAAGAAUCACAGUUCUUUAUUUGUAUAUAUGGAACAAAGUAUAUACUAAAUUCCUUCACUUGACUUUCUUCUUUAAAGUUGUUUUGCAAUUCUA